GGGGUUUGAAGAGGAAGUUGCAGGAGGGGAUGGUGUCGGCGAAGAUGAACGAGUUGGCGAGGUUUCAGUCCGGGUUGGACGUGGUGAGCGUGUUUCGUGGAGCUAGCAGACAUGUGAUAACACCGGAGGGGGCCAACAUUAUGGAGGGAGUGGAGUGCGCUAGGAGGGAGGAGCAGCAGUGGCUGACGAAGCGCAAGAGGCACAGAGAGUGGGUGAAUGCGGUGUUGGCGGCGAGCAAGAACUUUCAUGAGUUUCACGCUCAGAAGCAUUUGACGAAGAGGAAGCUUUUGCGUCAGUUUUUGAAGCAGCAGGUGGACAAGGAGCGCAGAGAGGCGAUGGUCAAGGAGCGUUUGGAGCGAGACCGGAUGGCCGCGCUGAAGAGGAACGACGAGACGGAGUAUUUGAAGUUGUUGGAGCAGACGAAGAACAAGCGUCUGAAGUUGUUGAUAGAGCAGACGGACCAGUAUUUGCUCCAGAUUGGGGAGAAGGUGAAUGCGCAGAAGGCGAGCGCGAAUUCGAAUUUGAACUCGAAUUUGACACAGUUUGCGGGUGCGGACGAGACGGAUGAGGAGUUGGCGACACAGGAGUUGGCUGGGAGCAGCGAGCCGGAGAAGAAGUCGUAUUACGCUUGCAUUCACAGCAUUACGGAGACGAUAACGAGACAGCCGAGCAUUUUGGUGGGGGGGGUGUUGAAGGGGUACCAGAUGGACGGGUUGUCUUGGUUGGUUUCGUUGUACAACAAUCGUCUGAACGGCAUUUUGGCGGACGAGAUGGGUUUAGGGAAGACGAUUCAGACGAUUGCGUUGAUUUGUCACCUUAUAGAGAGCAAGGGGUUGCAGGGCCCGUAUUUGAUCGUGGUUCCGCUGACGACGAUUUCCAACUGGGCGCUAGAGUUCAAGAAGUGGGCGCCGUCGAUUGCGGAGAAGUUGGUGGUGUACAAGGGGACGCCGUCUGCGCGGAAGAGGAUUUACCAGUCCAAGAUGGCGCCAGGGUCGAAGUUUACGGUUUGUUUGACGACGUUUGACUACAUCAUCAAGGACAAGACGGCGUUGUCGAGGAACAAGUGGGCGUAUUUGAUAGUGGACGAGGGUCAUCGGAUGAAGAACCACAAUUGCAAGUUGUCGACGAUAUUGUCGAAGUACUACGAGUCGCAGUUUCGGAUUAUUUUGACGGGGACGCCGCUUCAGAACAGUUUGCCCGAGUUGUGGUCGCUGCUGAAUUUUUUGCUGCCGAACAUUUUUCACAGCGUGGAGACGUUUGAGCAGUGGUUCAACAAGCCGUUUGCGAACACGGGGGAGAAGGUGGAGAUGAACGAGGAGGAGACGUUGUUGGUGAUUCAGCGGCUGCACAAGCUCUUGAGGCCCUUUUUGCUGCGUCGAUUGAAGACGCAGGUGGAGGCGCAGUUGCCGGACAAGGUGGAGAGGGUGGUGAAGUGCGAGAUGUCUAUGUGGCAGAGGCGCAUGUACGACAUGGCGAUGCAGGGGGUUUUGUUGGUGGAGCAGCAGGACGGCGGGAUAGGGACGAAGGGGUUGAUGAACACGUUGAUGCAGUUGCGGAAGAUUUGCAACCACCCGUACAUUUUCAAGGACAGUCAGAGUUACAAGUUGGACGACAUGUUGUGGAGGUCGUCCGGGAAGGUUGAGUUGUUGGAUCGGAUUUUGCCGAAGUUGAAGGCGGCGGGUCACCGGGUGCUGAUGUUUUCUCAGAUGACGGCGGCGAUGGACGUGCUGGAGGAGUAUUUUUUUUAUCGGAACUACACGUAUUUGAGGUUGGACGGUUCGACGAAGGCGGAGACUCGAGGGGACUUGCUGGCGCAGUUCAACGCUCCGGAUUCGCCCUACUUUAUGUUUAUUCUUUCUACGCGCGCGGGUGGUUUGGGUCUGAACUUGCAGACGGCCGACACGGUGAUUUUGUUCGACUCGGACUGGAAUCCUCAGGCGGACUUGCAGGCGCAGGACCGCGCGCACCGGAUUGGUCAGAAGAACGACGUGUUGGUGCUGCGGUUCGUGACGAUUGCUUCGAUUGAGGAGAAGAUUUUGGAGGCGGCGAAUUACAAGUUGGACUUGGACUCGAAGAUUAUUCAGGCGGGGAUGUUCAACAAGAACUCGACGGCUCAGGACCGAAAGGAGUUUUUGAUGAGUUUGUUGAAGACGAACGACGAGGAGGACGAGGACAACGAGGUGCCGGACAACAAGCAGAUCAACCAGAUGAUUUCGCGCAGCGACAGCGAGUAUAAGCUGUUUCAGCACAUGGACAGGGAGCGCCUGGAGAGCGAGAGGCGCGCGUGGGAGAACGCCGGUCACGUUGGAGAGCCGCUUCCGCCGCGCUUGGUUCAGGAGUACGAAAUUCCGAAGUAUUUGCGCGUGGACUUUGCCAAGGAGAAGAUGCAACGCGAGCACGCGCUGGCGCUGAAGUACGGUCGCGGGCUUCGAAAGCGCGCGAGGGUCAACUACAACUCGGACGAGGACCAGGAGCAGUCGGCAGACGCGUCGGAGGAGAUUGAGGCGUCUCGAAUUGAGGGUCGGCGUCCGCCGCCUCGCGCGUCGGAGGGGCACUUGUACGACGCGUCUCCGGCGGUGGGCAGUGGGAAGCGUCCGCUGAGCGGCGCUGGCAGGUCGGCGGCUUGUCCGAUUAAAACUCGAAAAACAGAGGCGUAGAUCGUCUGUAUGUGGCGGCGCGUCUUUUGGUGUUUUUACCGUUUUUUUG